AUGGGCAACGAUAUGUCCCGCGCACGCUACCUGACGCUUAGCUCAUUCCUUAUCAACUUCGGUGUGCAGAGCUACGGCAUGCUUACAUCUCCCAAUAUGAAGGACGUCGCGGACGCCAAUCACUAUGCAUUCUCGCCUAGCCCGUGGUUCAUCGCCGCAUUCUUCUCAGGCCAGAUGAUUCUCCAGCUCGCGUGGAUCCGCCAGCUCUUCAAGCUCGACCCCACCGAAAAUUCUAUGGAUACUUCGGAUGAAGUAGAAUCUGCGAGGACCUCCGUCGCCUAUGCACCGGUUUAUGCGCUCGGUAAUUUAUGCAUUGCGGGUUGGCUUCUUUUCUGGCUACGAGAAGACUUCAUAGGCUCUCAGAUACUAGUGACGAUCAAUACCGUUGCACAGCUAUACGCUGUGGCUCGCCUUCCGGCUAUCACCUCCAGUAGCACCGGUUUGAUGGUCCUCACCCACCUUGUUGCGAAAACAUUUGCUGGCAUUGGAGUCUUGGAUUUUAUUGACAAUGGCGGCGUGGCAUUGCGCUACAAUGCACCACCCUCGACGCUAAUCCAAGCCCUGACGUACGCACUCUUCCCAUUGGCAGCGACAGUAUCGACUCCAUUCUUCGGGUCAGUUCUUUUGUACGAUGUCCUCGCCAUUUUCGUCGGGCAGCGAUCUGUUCCUGCCGCAGGCCUCUGGAGCACCCGUCUCGGCUGGACAGCGUUGGCCAUGGGCGGCGUUGUUGGCGUCAAAGCAUUCCUAGCCCGGAACAAAAUCUGA